AUGCAUCGAUGUUUACAGAGGAAUGCACAGAUUCAAGGGCUGUUUAAGAAGAUUGAUUAUUCAGGCCGGGGAAGGAUUUCAUGGGGCGAGUUCUGCACGCACAUGCUGCAGGAGUAUGAAGAGAGGGAGGAAACUGCAAGGCGCCACAAGCAGGUGGGCUUCACCAUGCCGGCCACUGUGAACAAUUUUGGUCAUGGCAUUCCCAUCGUAAACAUCCGCUCCAGCCACGAUGGCACCGUCACAACAGUGCGAGAAGAUGGGUUAGUCUGCCACUGGAGUCCUGAGCUUCAACCCCAGAGGGCCAAGAGCAUGUUUAAUGAAGGACCCGCCAAUAGAAAGUCAAAGUGGGCAAGUGAUUUUACCCUGAUGGCAGAGUACAACAAGCUGAUGAUCGGAACUGGGGACAGAGAGAUCCAACUUUAUGAGCUUUCCACUCUGGAGCCUUAUUGUCAGAUCAAUGCCCUAGACACUAUACCAUUGACACUAGACUACGGCUCCACCGGCCAUGAUAAAUGUUGCAUUCUGUAUGGAGACACUGAAGGAUGUGUGAGCAUCAUUUUAAUAGCGUCUGUGGGAGAUACCCUCAGAUUAUGGAAUAAACUACCAAAGGUUGGAAAUAUUCCCAACGUGUCAAUUGACAACGCCGUGCUUUCUCCAAAUGUGACGUUUGUCAGAUGGAAGGUUCAUCACGACUGGGUGACACAGGCAAAAUAUUUUCACAGUUAUCAAGCUGUCGUCUCCUCAUCAAAUGAAGAAUCUUCGUCUCUUGUCAUAGGAUGCUCACUGCCAUUAACAGAUGCUGAGCAGCAGCUGACUGAAAUCAGAGAGGCCUGUUAUGAAGGUAAAUCGAAGAAGACCCAGCUGAGUUGGGCUCCACAGGUGCGGGCCUCGCGUGAUCAGUCCGUCUUCACGGUCUACAAAGGUGUUAAGACCUUUGACCUCUGUGAGAAGCACAGUUUGCUGGUAACAGGAGGAAUGGAUAAACUGAUACGCCUGUGGAACCCACAUGUUUCUGGGAAACCUACUGGUGUUUUGAAAGGACACUCUGCUCCCAUCGUCUUCCUCUGCAUCUCAUCGGAGGACAGUCAGAUCUUCUCUGUCUCCAUAGACUGCACUGUGAAGAUUUGGCAUAUUCAGGAUCAGUGUUGCCUGUUUACUGCAGACGCUAAAGCAAGCCGCAUUCAUGGCGAUAUAUCUGCAUGCUUCUAUUCCCCUGCUAUGAAAUCUAUGUAUAUUGCAGCAGACUGCAUGUCUGUGCUCUCCAUGAAGUUAAGACAGCGGCUUCACAGUCGUUUGACCGUUUCUCACAAUGAGCCCGUAAUGUGCUGCGGCUACAGCGAGGAGUUUCGUCAAGUUGUCAGCUGCAGCGAGGGGUCUGUGGUGAAAGUCUGGGAUUUUGACACUGGACGGCAGGUUUUUGAGUUCGGCGGCACGCGUGAUAUGUCUUCCAUCACGUGCAUGACAUUUGAUCCAAUGGGGAGAAGACUCAUCACAGGUGGACGAGAUGGAUGUUUAAAGAUCUGGAACUUCAACAAUGGUCAGUGCCUAAAGACGUUAAAAAGAGAUGGUGAAUGUCAGGAGGUGUGCGACUGCAUCUUUUUCAAAGUUCACAGGAACUCCUACGUGGUGUCUGUCGGAAGAGACCGGAGGAUUGACAUUUACUCUGACAUACCUGAGGACCUUCAUCAUAUCCUGAGGCCAAAGCCUUCAUGGCAGGAUGAUCUGAAAAAUGGCCAUAAAGACGACAUCCUUUGUGCGGCACAGUGCCCACCAUCCCUCCUGGCCACUGGCAGCUACGACGGAGAGAUCAUAGUGUGGAACAUGAUUUCUGGACGUAUACAGUGUCGCUUUGUCUGCCCACCUGCAGCUGAACACCAAAAUGACGAAGGACUGGACACAAGUGUUCCCAGCAUAAUUUUCCUGAAAAACCCAAAGUUAGAGCAAUUUUCGUCGAGUACCGCUCUCUUGUCAUCUGGGACAAAAGGUUCUGUGAAUCUGUGGAAUGUGCACAGUGGAGGAAAGCUCGUGAGCAGCUUCAAAGCAUCUAAAUUCAAAGAAAAGAUAACGAAGCUGGCUAAAACAGACGGGGGCAUGCGGCUGUACGCCGCUGACAGAAUCGGUUACAUCUACGUUUACGACAUGGAGCAGUUUGCCCCUGGGCAGAAAUCACAGAGAGCUGAAACUUUCUGGCGUGCCCACACCAGCACAGUUACUGGCCUGCAGAUUGUUGACAAUGAUCAAGUGGUGCUCACUUCGUCCGCCGACUACACCGUGCGCCUGUGGAGCGCGCGGGGCGAAUUCAUAGGGACCUUCGGGCAGCCCGAGAGCUGGAGCGUCCACAUCUCCUCGUCCUGGACGCAUCCCGGUGUCCCCUUUGAAGUUCUGAUUGAUCCUCUGAGCACGCCGGAUCACGAAGUUCUCAGCGUGAAAACACAUCUUUCUGAAGUCGUCAAUGCUGUGUCUGAGACUGAUGGAGGGGAACUAAAGCCAGAUGUCAGCUAUCCACAGUCUCUUCACGAGCCAGAGAACAAGUCCAAUCAGGUGAAAUGA